AGGAGGGAGAGACCUGGGAGCAGGGGCGGACUGACCAUUUGGAGGGCCCGGGGUCAGUAGGGGGCCCCAUGAGAUGUCCCUGGUACCUUUUUCAUAGGCUUUUUUUAGUUUGGGCAAGGACACAGGGGCCCCAUGAUCCCCUAUUGCCUGGGGGCCCCAUGAGUUGUCAGUCCGCCCCUGCCUGGGAGCUGCUGCUCUCGUGCAUAUCGCUGGUUCAAGAUGGGGCUCUGGUAAGUAUUAGGGGGGCUGGGAGGGAUGCUGCACACAGAAGGCUUUUUGAGUGUGCUUUUAGUGUGGCCAAGGACACAGGGGCCCCAUGAUCCCCUAUUGCCCGGGGGCCCCAU